AUUUAUUUUUUUUUUUUUCCCGUGCAUCAGACGACAGACAGGUCACGGACAGUCGGACACGGACAUAACUGUGAAAAUACAGAACUAUCAUUCAAGGAUAAUGUAUCCUUAUUGAAAUUUUAAGAAAUCACAGGUUCUGCCAGCCAUAGUUUCCAUACCUCCUGUUGACGACUCUAUGGAUAAUGAAAACUAAUAAGAUGUAAUGGAAAGGCCUCGCAGGAAUCCCCGUCCCCCUGGUGCCCUCAGUGACUACCUGACUGUGGUGGAGGCUGGAGAGAAGAGUAUUUGUGUGGAGGAAAGCAUUGAGGAGCAGCAGCUGCAACAGCAGCAGAAACAGCAGCAAGAGGAUGAGGAACAAGAGGUGGAGGUAGAAGCCAAAGACACCAACCAAACAGAAGUGGACAGAAAGCUCCUUCUGUCUCAGCCAUACAAAUGCAAGGAGUGCAAAGCUCGUUACCGCAGCAGAGUUGCUCUGCUUCGUCAUGCUGUCAAGCAUAGUGGAGAGAAGCCAUUUGUGUGUUGUGAGUGUGGGCGUGGCCUCUCCAGCCAGUGUGCCCUCACUGAACACAUGAACAUCCACACCAAUAACAGGCCUCACAGGUGUGAGGAGUGUGGCCUAGAGAGCCGGCAGCUGAGUGUUCACCUGCGACACUUGCUGACUCAUCAGGCCCAGCCACAGCACAAGUGUUCAGUCUGCUCCAGGUCAUUCAAGCAAAAUGAGUACUUAAAGAAGCACAUGCGCAAACACACAGGGGAAAAGCCAUUUGUGUGUGAAUUGUGCAGUAAAUCAUUCACAUGCAAGAGUGAGCUGAACCGCCACAGCAAGCGCCACUCCUCUGAGAGACCCCACUCCUGUGCUGACUGUGGCAAAAGUUUCAAGAUGAGGCACAACUUACACAAGCACCUGAGGGCGCAUGCUGGGACACAGCAGUGGAAGUGCCUCUUGUGUUCAGCAGUCUUCUCCAAACUUAAGCUGCUGGAGGAACACAAGAGAUCUCAUCUAGAAACAGUACAGCAGCUGCAGAUCAGCAGGCCAGAUGAUGGUGUGCUGGUCAUCUCGGCUGAAGGGGAUGAUCGCCGCAGGCUGCCAACCGUCCACACCAUCAUAGUUCCCAAAGAAAGUCUCACUACUGAGAAUAGUGAUGUCAACUCAAAAAAGCACCUGAGGAUAAAUGGCACAAGCUUGCCACUUGAACUAAUCCUCAAAUCUGUUGCAAAAGGAGGGAAUAUUAAGAUCAAGAUUAUAGACAAACCAGCACAUCCCAAGAUACAGUCCUGUGCUACCACUGAGAAUAUUGUUGAACUUGUGGAUGAAGAUGUCAACAAGCCUGGAGGACUCAGCCUCUCCAAGGAUUCCACUCACCACCUGCAAGAGACCAGUUCACCACAAGAUAGUGCUAUGCAGAGUGUGAAUCAAGAAGCUGUGAAGGUUGCAAGUGUGCUGAGUGUGCCAGCCAGCAUACAGAGCCAUUGCCUUUCCAAACACUACCACCAGGUCAAUCCAUCAUGUUCAGACUACUGCUGCUGGCUGGCCACCUUUGUCUCAUUUUGCCAGCAACUCUGUCCACCCUUUGAUCCAGAGAUUUGCAAACACCUAAGCUUCAUGACAACAGCAUUGCAAAAUUGCCUCCUGCAACAGCCUGGCAGUUCAGAGAUAUCCCGGAUGGGGGAGCUUGGGAGUGCACUGGCCUGCCACACACAUACUCAAUACCAGUUCAUCUAUAAGCAGUACAGGGCAAUGCAGGAGGUGCUCACCACGCACUUUGCUCACUACGUCACUGAUGCUAAUUAGUAGGUAAGUCAGGAGGCAGUUGUUGCUACACUUGUUUAUCUUUUAGUAUAUUUUUUUCAUGGCAUAUUUCAGUGUAGGAAUAAAGGUACAGAAGAGGAAGACCCCAGUAUCUUUACUAGUCCUGUUACAGCCACUGUCAAUGAAAGUGGUGCACUAAGGUUUGGUUACAUUUUGUGGCACAUUUGCCAUGUUUUUGCUUUGUUUCUUAUAUUACUCAGUAUCACCUAUGUCAGAUUUAGCUAUUUUCACCUGCCAUUUUUCUUUCAUUCUCCUAUCAUCUACCAUCCAUAUAUAUACUUUAAUACCUGGUGUAGUCUCAUUCACUCACAAUUUUCUCCUACUCCUCUAAAUUCUUUCGCCUCUUUCUCAGAUAUAAGUGAAGUAUCAUACGCAAACAGCACCAUUCUCAUGUUCACUUACCUUUUAACAUCAUCCAUACAUUAAGGGGAGAUUAUACAUCAGUGCCAUAGUUUUACUUGCAUAGGAAGUUAUUUACUAAUGCUUCUUCUCACCUAUAUUAAUGGUAAUUUGCUAACUUUCUUAGCAACUCUGAGGUAUACACCUCAAUUUCUUAUGCAUGUCCUUUUUUCCAGGCUUUAAACUCUUAUCAUAAACAUAUUUGUAAAGGAUCCAGUUUCAUCUAGUCUGUUGAUGGCUCAGUGAUUGAAAACUGUACAUUUCAGUCACUUACACACCAGAAAGGACUGAUUGUAAAAGAAGGUCAGUGUAACACUAUUGAUCCUUCCUAAAAGCAAGUUAGGACUGAAAAUAUAGAUCCCCACUGGAUUUGAGGUAAAGAAAAUAUAGAGAUUAUUCUGUACAUGUAUUCUCAAGCGGCACCUCUUACACAAGCGCUUCUCUAGGCUACCUACAGUGGGGAGCACCACCCCAUAGGCAAGCAGAUCAUGAGCUAGCUACUGCAGUGAGACAUUGCAGAGCCUCAGUUGCCACACUGCAGGGAGACGGGAAUGUUGAGUGUGUAUGAUGGACAUGUGCCACAGUGACUCCCAGCUCACUACACAUUCAUGAUGACAUGGCUAUAUGUCAUUACAGUUAAUCUUUCAUAUGAAAAUACAUGAAGGAAAUUUGACUUAAAAAUGUAGCUAGUAUUUGAGCACAAGUCACCAAUAUUUGCAUACAUGGACUAUGUGAUUUUGACUGCAGAGCUACUGUAUAUAAGAGAUCGUAUACAGUUUAAGGCAAUAACUUUACCAAGUGAAGGAUGUAGGACUCCACACAAACAUAGAAGAGAUAUAAAAGAGAACUACCUCACUUAGCCGUCCUCUAGCAAGGAGACAAGUUCCUGUGGUCCACCGAAUCUGCCACAAGUGGCCAAGUCUUCGCUUAGUCUUCAGCAUGCCGGAUAGAUAAUAAAUGCAGUGAUGCAUUGGGCAGUGUGAGAUUUCUUGUUUGGUACAAGUUUAGAAUCUAUUGUUUUCUAGCAUAUUGGAUUGUCAUUAGUACAGAAAAAUAGUGUCAGACACUUUGUUAGACAGUAACAAAUUCUACAAAUCUUUCUCCAUUGACCUGGACUGCUUGUGUCAGACAAAAUGUGUUCUGUGCCAAUACAGUUCUGCAAAGUUGACCACCACCACCACCACCACACACCGCAAUAUGAUCACCUGGCUUUGCUUGCUACAAAGAGCAGUACAUAUAUAAAAGUUUGAAAUUUAUAAUUACAACUCAAUUUGUGAUCAUGCUGCAAAUAUGUAAAUGUAUGAAUUUUGUACCCUUCCUAAAGAGCUUAAUACUAAGCAGGUGUUCAUAUAAGUGAAGAUGAUGCACAGUCAGUUACUUGUACACUGUGAAAACAAUGAGUGCUGCAGUGCCACUAUGAGGCACACAUGGUGGUGAGAAUGAGUGCUACCCUCCACUAAGCACUCCUGAAGACCUUAGGGUGCCAGAUGCUAGUGUAGUAAAACAAACAUCACCAAUGCUGCCAUGACUCAGCUGUCAAUUUAAGUUGAUAAUACAGUGGUCUUUCAAACACCACAUCAUACUUGUGUGGUGUGUCUGAUUAAAGUGAGCUGCACUGUGAUGGACCAGCAGCACUGCUAUCACUUUGGAGCCUCAUGAAGACCUCAUUUAUUAUGCACAAAUAUACAGUUGUGCUUCCUUCCUUAAUUCCAUUGUGAUACAGAAUCUCUCAAGACAAUAACGAAAUCAGGCAGACACAAGGCUUGCUUGGGCAUAAUACUGAUAAGAAGAUCCAACAAAUCUGUUUAAAAUAAUGAAUGGCAAUAUACCAAAUGAAGUGUGGAAACCACCAGGAAAGAACACCUUUGGCUAAGUAAUGUCAAAAGUUAAAGCUAUAAGUAUUUCACAGGGAGUUUUGCUGUAACUAGCAGGUUAUUAAUAUGACAAAAACAGCAGGCAUGAAAUAUCCAUAAUAUUAUGUAGUUACCCAAAGAAGAGCUGUACUACAAAAGAUUUCAGAUGAGUUGGACCAUAACAAAGGUUAUUCCCAAAACAAGCCAUUCAGGUUGCUUAGCAAAAUAACUGAUAUUGAAAACUGGCCACUUAUGCUGGAGAGGAAAAAAAAAAAAGUAUAUAGAUAAAGCAUGAAAAAGAUGCUCAAUCAAUUCAACUUUGGCAAGAUGAACACACACAUGCACUCUCACACACAAAUACGUACAGACAGGUGACUAGUGACACACUGACAGCUACACACCAGUUUCCUGCUGCUCUGAAAGCCACUAUCAGCCAUCCUGUGUGUAGUGCAUUUGCCACAUCACAACACUCACACACACUCUUAAUGUCAUACUAAGGCAGCAUUACAGGGACCUUCUACCCAAUACAUUAUACAGGCUCAAUUUGAUCUGAACAUAAACUUACAUGUCUAGGUUUGCUUAAAAAAAAUAUAAUCUUAUUAUAGUAAAACAUUUGCAUUCUCAUUUGGGUAAGCACAUACUAUAUCUAUAAUUAUAAUAAUGCAUAUAUAGAUAUUUGGAUAUAUUUAGAUAUAGUUUUCUAUGACCUCAAAAAAGUACAAAUCCCCAUUACAUUAGCAAAAUGAUAACCUUAUGCUGUUCAAGUCUUUGGGAGUGAAAGGGAUAUGCUGUUGUGCAGAUCUCUCUGGAAAGUGACAACAAGAGUCAUUCAUUCUUCUCUCCUUCCUGUCUGGUACUCCAUACUUCCCAUAUUCCCUCACUACACUCACAUGAAUCUGUUCCCACACAAGACAAGACAACCAUCCAGAUCUUUACUCACUCAUUUUUCCUGAGUACAAACUUGUCAUCCACAUGCAUACCACCAAUAUAUCCACCACAUAGAUAUGAGGCAGGUAGUACUACAUGCUAGGGUGACAUGGUAAAAGCUGACAAGUUAUGAGCUAAAUAUGAAUGAGGUAUGGCAGAGGAAGGCCAUCAUGUGAGUCCCAAACCUUAGCACAGAAUAAUACAAAAUGCAAGGUGCUGGAAAGUGAUAAUGGCAGCUAAUAGACUUUGCUUCCUAGCAGUCUCUUCUCUGCCUGAUCCAAGUCACUUUUACUCUUCUUCAUGAACACAAAAUGAAUACAUCCUCCAUAAUACCUCAAGCACUCUCCUUCAACUAUACAUCUACCUCACCUCAAACACACAAUGUCUUCUUUGCCACAAGAACAAACACAUCUACUACACUCACAAACAAAGUCAUCUUCCCUUCUGACAUAUAGAAAACCUUCAAUUAGUCUGCCUUUGUACAAAGGAGGCUUCACACCCUUUGAACACAAAACUAUAAAUCUAAGGACUUAGAAGCCACUGAGCUCCUCCCACAAAACAAAAUAAUUUUCUAAUAGCCCACUAAAGCACUAACUACUUGUGCAGCACGCAGGCUGCCCUUCACCACCACUGCUUCCACAUGUGUUGCCUUAUAGAAUGGUGAGAAAGACUUCCUUGGCAGCCUCUUACCAUUUUAGAGCUUAAAUUAAUUUGUCUUCCUUUAAUAACACUUGGCUCUCUCUCUCUCUCUCUCUCUCUCUCUCUCUCUCUCUCUCUCUCUCUCUCUCUCUCUCUCUCUCUCUCUCUCUCA